CAAGAGAUCAUGACAUUUUCGGAACUUGAUUGUUAUCUUUAGUUUUUACAAUAAUUAUCGACUGUAAUUCGGCUCUGCUUUCCAAAUAAUCUCAGCCACACAUCGUAUUUGUGAACAAGAUAAACCCACGCAAACUCCAAUGGGACAAAACGUGAAAAUCUUCUAAUGUACUUCUUUAAAUACACUUCAUAUUUUUCGCUGACUGACAAAAAUAGUUCCAUCAGGCAUUCAGGCUUGACACCAUCAAUCUUCUCAUGGAUCUCCACUCCUUGCAACAUAAUUGUACUUUCUUACUUGGAUUGGGAGCUGUAGUUGUGGUCCUUCAUUUCUUAUUGUUCUUCCGUAAAACUGGUAAAAAGAACGCUGCACCUAAAGCAAAUGGUGCAUGGCCAAUAGUAGGUCAUUUGAAUCUCUUCGGAGGUUCAUCGGGUCCUACCCACAUAGCAUUGGGAAUGGAAUCCAUGGCUUUAAAACAUGGACCAAUCUUUACAGUUCGUCUAGGAAUCCAUAAAGUAUUGGUAGUGAAUACUUGGGAGAUUGCUAAAGAGCUUUUCACUACCCGUGAUGUAACUAUCUCCUCUCGCCCCAAGUUUACAGCUGCUAAGAUUUUGGGAUAUAACUACGCCAUGUUUGGAGUCACUCCUUAUGGUCCAUACUGGAGAGAAAUGCGUAAGAUUGCUUCCCUACAACUACUAUCAAGCCGUCGCCUUGAGCAACUAAAGGAUGUUCAUGUGUCUGAACUGGAGAACUCUAUCAGAAACUUGCAUGAGCUAUGGAAGGAGAAGAGAGAUGCGAACGGGAAAGUGUUGGUUGAUAUGAAGAAAUGGUUUGGGGAAUUUGAUAUGAAUGUGAUGCUUAGAAUGGUAGUUGGUAAACGGUGUACGGAGGCUAAAAACGUUGAAGAGGAAAAUGACAUGAACAAGUAUGGUGAAGUGUUUAGGGAAUUUUUUCAUUUCUUGGGGCUUUUUGUGGUGGGAGAUGCACUUCCUUUCCUUGGGUUGUUGGAUUUAGGUGGUCAUGUAAAAGCUAUGAAAAGAGUUGCAAAAGAAAUUGAUUUCAUAACUGGGAAGUGGUUUGACGAGCAAAGGAGGAAGAGGGGUUCUGCGGAGGUUGUUGAGGAUAAGGAUUACAUGGAUGUGAUGAUCUCUGCUGUAGAAACCGGAGGCUUGACAGAUUAUGAUGCUGACGCUGUUAUUAAGUCUACAUGCUUGAUCGACGAAAUAGACAAGCAUGUUGGAAAGGGUAGACGAAUUAAUGAUUCAGAUAUUAGCAAACUAGUCUAUCUCCAAGCUAUUGUAAAGGAGUCACUGAGGUUAUACCCAGCAGCACCACUUGGAGCUCCAAGAGAAUUUUCAGAAGAUUCCAAUGUAGCUGGGUAUCAUGUCCCAAAAGGCACAUGGUUGAUUGUCAACAUAUGGAAGAUCCAACAUGACCCAGAAAUCUGGUCAGAUCCAUCGGAAUUUAGGCCUGAGAGGUUCCUUUCUGGGACUCAUGCACAUGCAGAUGUUAGGGGGACUAACUUUGAGUUAAUUCCAUUUGGUGCUGGAAGAAGGUCGUGUUCCGGGUUAGCUUUUUCACUUCAGAUUUUGCACAUUGUGUUGGCUACUUUGCUACAAAAUUUUGAUAUGUCAUCUCCCAAAGAUUCAACUAUAGAUAUGACUGAAAGUGUCGGAUUAAUAAAUGCCACCUUAAUGUUCAAAUCGUCUCACGUUUGGCAUCUAAUAAUUGGUGAAUGA